AUGAGUAACUCAACACAGCGCCCGGUCCCCACGCGCCGCCGCGUGCCUCCGCCGCCGCCGCCUCCGCCGCCGCGGUUCGACCAACAGCCCUUCAACAUAAUCCCCAUCCACGACCUCCUCACCGACCACCCCUCCCUCCGGUACCCCGAGGUGCGCGCCGCCGCCGCCGCCCUACGCGCCGUCGGAGACCUCCGCAGGCCGCCGUUUGUGACGUGGCACAAUGGUUUAGACCUCAUGGACUGGCUCGGCCUCUUCUUCGGCUUCCAAAACGACAACGUUCGCAACCAGAGAGAGCACCUUGUUCUUCAUUUAGCCAACUCCCAAAUGCGCCUCCCCGUGCCGCCGCCGUCCGCCGCCGUGGACGCCCUCGAUGCCUCCGUCCUCCGCCGCUUCCGCCGCAAACUCUUACAGAACUACUCCUCCUGGUGCUCUUACCUCGGCCGGAGAUCGAACGUGGUUAAAGUCCAAAAUGACCCUCGCCGUGAGCUCCUAUACGUAUGUCUCUAUCUCCUUAUCUGGGGUGAAUCUGCCAAUUUACGUUUUACCCCUGAAUGCAUAUGCUAUAUUUAUCACCACAUGGCCAUGGAACUCAAUAGAACCCUUGAUGAUGAUAUUGACGAGGAGACUGGUCGCCCUUUUAUACCCUCUAUGUCAGGCGAAAAUGCGUUCUUGAAACGGGUAGUGAUGCCUGUUUACAAGACGAUUCGGGGGGAGAUGGAGAGGAGUCGAAACGGGACCGCCCCGCAUUCGGCUUGGCGGAACUAUGAUGAUAUAAAUGAGUACUUUUGGAGUAGGAGGUGUUUUCAGAGGCUGAAAUGGCCUAUUGAUUUGAGUUGUAGGUUUUUUGCCACUACCAAGGAGGAAAACCGGGUGGGGAAGACGGGGUUUGUUGAGCAAAGGACGUUUUGGAACGUGUUUAGGAGCUUUGAUCGCGUUUGGGUUUUGUUGAUUUUGUUCUUGCAAGCUGCCAUUAUUGUUUCUUGGGAGGGUACAGAGUAUCCGAGGCAAGCAUUGGAGAAUAGGGAUGCACAGGUGAAGUUGCUUACUGUUUUCAUCACUUGGGCUACUCUAAGGCUUUUGCAAUCAGUGCUUGAUGCGGGUACUCAGUAUAGUUUGGUUUCAAGAGAGACACUGUGGCUAGGUGUGAGAAUGGUGCUUAAGGGAAUGGUUGCCGCGACGUGGAUUAUUGUAUUUUCGGUGUUCUAUGCAAGGAUUUGGAGCCAGAAGGAUUUGGAUGGGAGGUGGUCUAAUGCGGCAAACCAAAAUAUCAUUACUUUUCUUGAGGCCGGUUUGGUAUUUAUCAUUCCAGAGUUGCUGGCGUUGGUUCUGUUUAUUCUUCCUUGGGUUCGCAAUGUACUUGAGGAAACAAAUUGGGUGAUAUUAUACCUGUUGACGUGGUGGUUCCAAACUCGAAUCUUUGUGGGUCGUGGCCUAAGGGAAGGGCUAGUGAACAACAUAAAGUACACCUUGUUCUGGAUUGUGGUAUUGGCUUCAAAAUUCACAUUCAGUUACUUCCUUCAAAUUAAGCCCUUGGUGGCCCCCACAAAGGCUCUUCUGGAUCUCAAGGAUCCAAAGUACUACUGGCAUCAAUUUUUCACUAACACCAACAGAGCGGCGGUAGCCUUGUUGUGGAUUCCUGUCGUUCUUGUAUACCUUAUGGAUUUGCAAAUCUGGUAUGCGAUUUAUUCUUCCUUCGUCGGGGCAAUAAUUGGGUUGUUCUCACAUUUAGGUGAGAUUCGAAAUAUUGAACAGUUAAGGCUUAGAUUCCAAUUUUUCGCAAGUGCAUUGCAGUUUAAUCUCAAGCCAGAGGAUCCAAUCACAAGCUUACAGGCAACAUUGGUGCAUAAGCUACGCGAUGCAAUCCACAGACUGAAGCUACGAUAUGGGCUUGGCCAACCCUACAAGAAAAUUGAAUCAAGCCAGGUGGAAGCAACCAGAUUCGCCUUAAUAUGGAAUGAGAUAAUUAUAUCUUUGCGAGAAGAAGAUAUCAUCAGUGAUCAAGAAUUGGAACUUUUAGAACUUCCGCCUAAUUGUUGGGACAUUAGGGUUAUUCGCUGGCCUUGUUUCCUCCUUUGCAACGAGCUGCUGCUUGCUCUUAGCCAGGCGGGUGAACUGUGUGAUUUACCAGAUUGCGAUCUUUGGAUUAAAAUGUGCAAGAAUGAAUAUAGGCGGUGUGCAAUCGUUGAAGCUUAUGAUAGCGUCAAGUUCUUGUUUCAUGAAAUUGUGAAGUUCAACUCCGAAGAGUAUACAAUUGUAACAAAAUUGUUCGCGGAGAUAGAUCGUGCUGUUCAAAUUGGAAAGUUGACUGGGGCCUACAAGAUGACUGUUUUACAGCAAAUUCACUCCCGGUUGAUUUCUCUUAUUGAGCUUCUUUUAAUGCCUAAGAAGGAGUUAAGUAAGGUGGUGGAUUUAUUCCAAGCGUUAUAUGAACUCUCUGUUAGAGAAUUUCCCAGGGUGAAGAAAUCCGUCGCACAGUUGAGGCACGAAGGUUUGGCACCUCAAAAUCAAGCUGCUGAUGCAGGGUUGCUUUUUGAAAAUGCUGUUCAGUUUCCGGACGAUGACGAUGCUUUGUUCUACAGGCAGCUUCGUCGUUUGCAUACGAUUCUUACGUCUAGAGAUUCAAUGCACAAUGUCCCAAAAAAUCUUGAGGCAAGACGUCGUAUUUCCUUUUUUAGCAACUCACUGUUUAUGAACAUGCCUCGUGCUCCCCAGGUGGAGAAAAUGAUGGCUUUUAGCAUUCUAACUCCUUACUAUGACGAAGAGGUUUUAUACGGGAAAGAAUCGCUAAGAAGUCCAAACGAAGAUGGUAUUUCCACCUUGUUUUAUUUGCAGAAGAUUUAUGAGGAUGAGUGGGCAAAUUUUAUGGAGCGGAUGCGUAGAGAAGGAAUGGAGGAUGAUGAGGAAAUAUGGACAGUCAAAGCUAGGGAUCUUCGUUUGUGGGCUUCUUAUAGAGGCCAAACACUCUCUCGUACUGUUAGGGGGAUGAUGUAUUACUACAGGGCUCUUAAAAUGCUUGCUUUUCUUGAUUCCGCAUCCGAAAUGGAUAUAAGGAGGGGUUCAGAACAAAUCUCGACUUUUGGUUCAGUGAAACUACACGGUGGUUUGAAUGGUAUCAGCCCGGGUAGGCCACCAGCUUCUGGAAAUCUCAAUAGAGCAACAACUAGUGUAAGUCUUCUGUUUAAAGGGAGUGAGUUUGGAUGUGCUCUUAUGAAAUACACGUAUGUGGUUUCUUGUCAAAUGUAUGGGUAUCAUAAGAGAAGAGGUGAUCCGCGAGCUGAAGAUAUUUUGUACUUGAUGAAGAACAAUGAGGCACUUCGUGUUGCUUAUGUGGAUGAGGUGCACUUGGGAAGAGAAGAAGUUGAGUAUUAUUCUGUUCUUGUAAAGUACGAUCAACGACUGAAGAAAGAGGUGGAGAUCUAUAAGAUAAGAUUGCCCGGUCCAUUGAAGCUCGGUGAGGGUAAACCAGAGAAUCAAAACCACGCUAUCAUUUUCACUCGUGGAGAUGCGCUUCAAGCAAUUGACAUGAACCAAGACAACUAUUUUGAGGAGGCACUUAAAAUGCGUAAUCUAUUGGAGGAAUUCAAAAAGAAUUACGGCAUAAGGAAACCAACGAUUUUGGGAGUUAGGGAAAAUGUGUUCACUGGUUCUGUUUCAUCGCUCGCUUGGUUCAUGUCUGCUCAAGAAACAAGUUUUGUAACCCUAGGACAGCGUGUUUUGGCGAACCCUUUAAAGGUGCGAAUGCAUUAUGGCCAUCCGGAUGUGUUUGAUCGGUUUUGGUUCGUGACCAGAGGUGGUAUCAGUAAAGCUUCUAGGGUGAUCAAUAUUAGUGAGGACAUAUUUGCCGGAUUUAAUUGCACACUGAGAGGUGGAAAUGUGACUCACCAUGAAUAUAUACAAGUGGGUAAAGGAAGAGAUGUUGGGUUGAAUCAGAUAUCCAUGUUUGAGGCUAAAGUUUCAAGCGGAAAUGGUGAACAGGUUUUGAGCAGAGAUGUGUAUAGGUUGGGUCAUAGACUUGACUUCUUCCGUAUGCUUUCAUUCUAUUUUACUUCUGUAGGGUCCUACUUCAAUACGAUGAUGGUGGUUAUAACUGUCUAUGCAUUUUUGUGGGGCCGCCUUUAUCUUGCUCUCAGUGGUGUUGAGAAGUUUGCCAUGGACAACAGUAGCAACAACAAGGCCCUCGGCACUAUCAUAAACCAGCAAUUCGUCGUUCAGAUGGGUCUUUUCACUGCACUUCCAAUGAUAGUGGAGAAUUCUCUAGAGCACGGGUUCCUUCCGGCAAUUUGGGAUUUUAUAACAAUGCAGUUGCAACUUGCAUCUCUAUUCUACACUUUCCAAAUGGGAACACGUACCCACUUCUUCGGACGAACCAUUCUUCACGGAGGUGCUAAGUACAGAGGCACAGGACGUGGUUUUGUGGUGCAACACAAGAGCUUUGCUGAGAACUAUAGACUAUAUGCACGCAGCCAUUUUGUGAAAGCAAUUGAGCUUGGGGUGAUUUUGGUUGUAUAUGCUGCCCAUAGCCCAUUGGCCACAAACACAUUUGUCUAUAUAGCCUUAACUAUCUCAUGUUGGUUUCUGGUUGUUUCAUGGAUCAUGUCCCCCUUUGUGUUUAACCCUUCUGGGUUUGAUUGGUUGAAAACCGUAUAUGACUUUGAUGGGUUCAUGAACUGGAUUUGGUAUAGAGGUGUGCUUGUGAAAGCUGAUGAGAGCUGGGAAACAUGGUGGUACGAGGAACAAGACCAUUUGAGGACAACUGGUCUAUGGGGAAAAUUGUUGGAAAUAACUCUAGACCUCCGUUUCUUCUUUUUUCAGUAUGGCAUUGUGUACCGACUGCAAAUUGCAGGUGGCAAGACUAGUAUUGGCGUUUACUUGCUUUCUUGGAUCUACUUGGUUGUGGUGGUCGCGAUUUAUGUGGUCAUUACCUAUGCAAGCGAAAAAUAUGCUGCAAAGGAGCAUAAGUACUAUCGGUUGGUUCAGUUUGUUGUAAUUUCGGUGACAACACUUGUGAUUGUUAUAUUGCUGAAAUUCACCAAUUUUGUAUUUCUUGAUCUUGUAUCGAGCAUGUUGGCUUUCAUCCCCACAGGGUGGGGCCUGAUACUCAUUGCUCAGGUACUUAAGCCUUUUCUGCAGUCAACAGUGGUGUGGGAGACUGUUGUUUCCGUGGCUAGGCUAUAUGACAUGUUGUUUGGGUUGGUUGUCAUGGCUCCCCUUGCAAUGCUUUCAUGGAUGCCUGGGUUCCAGUCAAUGCAAACAAGGAUUCUGUUUAAUGAAGCAUUCAGCAGAGGCCUCCAGAUAUCUCGUAUUAUUACUGGGAAAAAUGCUAAUUUCGACAUGUAACUUGAGGCCCUAUACGAAUAUGUGUGGAAUGUAUCAUGGAACUGCUCUAUUGAAGUUGCAGUACAAUGAUCAUCAGAAUAACCAUUUUGGAGCAAACUUCAGUCUGGGUGAAAGUCAACCAACCUAUCUACGUUUGGAGGAGAACAGUCAAAGAGAGAGAUGGUAGCUUUAGUAGGUUUUGAACGAUGUGCUUCUUCUGUGAACAAGGAGGUGGUCUUUAGGGUUUACAUCAGAUUCAGGGCACGUGGUGUAGUACCUGAGCCCAGCUUGGAAAGAGCUUUAAAGGAUUGAUAGAGGUGGAGUCAUUGGUCAAGUUUCCUGGGACGCUGUAAGGAAUAUAGUCCUCCAUUGAAUAAUGGUAGAGAGGAGGGGUUUUUUUUUUUUUUUUUAAUGUUAUAGAGUUAAUCUGUAAUAGGUAGUUGAGGUAUGAAGUUGUAUGGGAGUGGGCAGAAGUGGCCGCUAUGGCUUCCAUUGACACAAUGUAUGAUCAAUUGAAUAACCAACUAAGGUGUAUUUUGUUGCUUUCACAGCCUCUUCGAGGCAAUGCGACGAUAGGUAUUCCAAUGAAGUGGGGUAGAGUGUUUCGAAAUUAGGGUCAGAAGCAAAGAAGUGAUGAGAGAACUAACUGAAUGCUGCUGCUUUACACCUAUUUGGAAUUCAUUGGAUGUGUCAUGAAGUCCUUGUAGAAGGUAUUAAGUAUAAGGCAUGGGGGUCAUCCAAGGAAGACAGUUGUUGACAUAAGCAAAGGAGCUCCUUAUUGACUGUCCAUUUUGUUGGACUGAAGUAAAAGUUAUUUUUUGAGAAAUUGAGAUGCAACAUACAGCGUGGAGCAGCAUUUGCAGUGUCCCCGUGCCCUGGAGAUAUGAUAUUGUUUGAUUUAGAGGUAACGUAAUUGGAGAGGAAAAAUCCAUUAGGGUUAAUUUCAUUCAAUGUAAAGUAUAUAUACAAGUUGUAUAAUAAUUGCUCUACGGUCCUAGAUACUUAAACUAAUUACAUGAUAAGACACAUAAUUAUACUAGAUACAAAUAGACCCAUUAUCUAACACUCCCCCUCAAGUUGGUGCAAAGAUAUCAAUCAAGCCCAACUUGAACACAAUAGAAUGAAAACUCUUGCUACCUAACCCUUUUGUAAAUAUAUCAGCUAACUGAUCUCCAGAUCUCACAAAUGGCAUACAUAUCAAACCCCCGUUCAACUUUUCUUUGAUGAAGUGUCGAUCAAUCUCUAUGUGCUUCGUUCUGUCAUGUUGAAAGGGAUUAUGAGCAAUGUUGAUGGCAGCUUUAUUAUCGCAAUAGAGUUUCAUUGGAAAACUGUCAGCAAACCCCAAAUCAUGUAACAAAGUUUGGAGCCAUAAGAGCUCGCAAACACCAUGAGCCAUAACUCUAUAUUCAGCUUCUGCACUAGACCUGGCGACUACCGAUUGCUUCUUACUUCGCCAGGUAAUCAGAUUACCCCCGAGAAAAGUGCAAUAACCAGAAGUAGAACGCCUAUCGUCCACAGAACCAGCCCAG